AUGCGGCUGGGGCCCCAUAAGGGCGAGUGCAAGUUCCAGUGCACCAACGGGAAGUGUCUGCGUCUGGGCUCUCUGAUCUGUAACAAGCUGAAUAACUGUGGAGACAACAGCGAUGAGGAGAACUGUCCCGUGGUGACGCAGCACCCUCCCCCAGGCAUCUUCAACUGUGAGUGCACCACCUUCACUCUGCUCUUACAUAUCUGCAAUGUGUCUUGUCUUAUUCCAAGUCCAGUUCCAGGCUCUAUAGGUUCCCCCCGUCCUCAGUGUGUGCCUCAGUGUGGAAUGGAGCCUUGA